AUGGAGAACUUAACAAUAGAUAUGUACUUGAGCUUUGACCCUUGCGAACAUGUGAAUUUUACAGAAACGUCACCAUAUAACCUAAGUGUUUGUACUAAUGAUACUUCUAGAAGUGUUCGAAAUAUCCAUCGCCCGUUCAUUCUCCCUCGGUGGCAACAGAUCAUGUGGGCUGUCAUCUUUGCUUCAAUGGUCGUUGUGGCAACUGGGGGAAAUACAAUUGUUCUCUGGAUCGUUCUAGCUCACCGAAAAAUGCGAACCGUCACAAAUUACUUUCUUCUAAAUUUAUCCAUUGCAGAUUUAAUGAUGGCUACCUUUAACGCCAUCUUUAAUUUUGUAUACUUGCUGAACAGCCAUUGGCCCUUUGGAAGUGUAUAUUGUACUGUAAACAACUUCAUCGCCAACCUCACAGUAUGUUCCAGUGUUUUCACUAUUAUGGCAAUGAGCGUGGACAGAUGUGUUGCAAUUGUUCGACCUUUGACCCCACGGAUGUCCAAGAGUAAAGUUUUAGUACUUAUUGGAGCCAUCUGGAUUUGCAGCGUGUCGAUAGCUCUCCCUACAUUACUGUAUUCUACCACCCACACCUACAACUAUGGUAAAGAUGGGGACCGGAUUUUAUGUUACCUUCACUGGCCUGAUGGACCGAGUGGUGUUUCAACAGCUGAUUAUGUGUACAAUAUUGUAUUUCUCUCAUUAACGUAUGCUGUCCCAAUGGUAUCAAUGGGUGUAGCCUAUACUUUCAUGGGGCAUGUUUUGUGGGGUGGAAAAGCUAUUGGAGAAAUCACCGAACGUCACAAAGAGGUCAUCAAAUCUAAGAAGAAGGUAGUGCGCAUGCUUAUUGUGAUUGUACUCAUCUUUGCCAUAUGCUGGUUACCCUAUCAUGUGUUUUUCCUCUACACCUAUCACUAUCCAGAAACUGCUUACACCGACUACAUCCAACCUAUGUUUCUGGCUUUCUAUUGGCUAGCAAUGUCAAACUCGGUGUACAAUCCAAUAAUCUAUUACUGGGCCAACAAACGUUUCAAAGGCUAUUUCCAAUCAAUAUUAUGCUGCAGGAAAAACCUUCAGCUGGCUCAAAGGCCAAAGAGGAUGAACUCACGAACCAAACCCCGUCGCUUGCUUUAUCGGUUACAAUAUUUGUCUUGGAAGAGAUCGACAAAAGGCGACGGCCAGGAGUUUAUUCAUCAUCUCAAUAAGAACACAAAUCGUGGAAAUGGUACUAUAGCCGAGAAAAAAAAAGGAUCCUCAGUCACAGGAAAACAAGUUGUUCAGUCUGAAAUAAAUUCAACAUCAGAUGUCAUCCAAGGAAAACCUUUUGUUCGGGAUGGAAAACAACGAGAAGUGCAAAGAGCUCAGAAAGUGGUUCUAGACGCCAAUCAGUUUGAGAAACAGGCUGUUCAACCUAAUAAAAAGAAGAGAUCUAAAGGUCCCGUAUUCAGAAUCGCUCAAACCAAGAGACGAAAAACAUCAACUCCAGACAUUUUGUAG